ACCCCCACCUUCAUUUCCAAUCUCCUAUUCUUUCUCCCUCUCUAUUUCCUUUUGAUCCAAUCUCCCAAUUGUUGCCAGAAGAGUCUGGCAUUAUUUUGCUGGUGAAGGCAGGCAUUGUCAAUAAUUAAGGACUGCUGCCAAAUCGUCUUAUUUUUGUAACAAUUGGGGUUUUGAAAGGUUAACAAUUUUGAGAUCAAAGGGGGUUGUGAGAACCAGGAAGCUGUUUCCCUUAAUUUCUUCAUAUUGUCCUCCGGUCGGGUAAUUAACAAGAAGGAUCAUUAAGCGAAUGAACAGUAGAAAUGAGGAAUCUCCGCGGGUGAGAGCCUUGCCAAACCCGCCUCCAUUGCCAGUGUCUUUCACAAAUAGCCGGCAGGAGAUCAAAUUUGUAACGAGGAAAUCAGCAGUGAGAAAAUACUGCUGCACGCCUAGUGCUACAAAGAAUACGUGGGAUUGCCUCUUUGAUGAAGGUUACAGAGCUGACGUCUCUAUCAAUACAGAUAACGGUGGCAUCCUCUAUGCGCAUGCUAGUAUUUUGGGAAUGAAUUCUCCAGUAUUUAAAAGCAUGUUGAGUUUGAAACAAUCAAGAGCACGUGGUUGUCGUGGUCAUCAGCGAUCCAUCUCGAUAAGUGGGGUUCCACCUGAGGCUGUUCAAGUUUUCAUCAGAUUCUUAUAUUCUUCCAGGUAUGAGGAAGAAAAAAUGAAGGAACAUGGGCUGAGUCUAUUGGUGCUAUCACAUGCAUAUGCGGUCCCUCACCUAAAGCGAGAAUGUGAGCUGCAGCUGGAGCAAAGAUUGACCACGGAAAAUGUGGUUGAUAUCUUCCAGUUGGCACUCUUGUGUGAUGCCUCUCGGCUUAGCCUUCUUUGUCACCGUUUUAUGCUGAAGCAUCUUAAGCCAGUAUCCGCCACAGAAGGGUGGAAUGCCAUGAAACAAAGCCACCCUGUGCUUGAAAGACAGAUUUUGAGAUCUGUAAUUGAUGAGGAUAUGAGGGAGAAGGAAAGGGUGAGAAAGAACAACGAGAGGAAAAUCUAUAUGCAGUUGUAUGAGGCAAUGGAAGCUUUGGUUCACAUAUGCAAAGAUGGUUGUCGUACCAUUGGUCCACACGAUAAGGUUCUGAAAGAGGAUCAAGAACCAUGCCAGUAUGCAGCGUGCAAGGGGCUAGAAUUGCUCAUUCGUCACUUUGCCGGGUGUAAGUUGAGAGUCCCUGGUGGCUGUAUCCACUGCAAGAGAAUGUGGCAAGUUUUGGAAUUGCAUUCUCGCCUUUGUGCCAAUUCGGAUGUUUGUCGGGUUCCUUUGUGCAGGAAUUUUAAGCAAAAGAGAAGAAAACAGAACAAGAAGGAUGAAAUGAAAUGGAGAAUAUUGGUGAGAAAGAUAGUGAGAUCCAAGAGCAUUUCUGGAGCUCCAUUCUUCUCAUUUGAAUCCACAUAAUUUGCAAUACAACCAAUCACUGUUGCACCUUAUUGAAUUCAUUCUUUAAUUAGAUAAAAUUCAUUGUAACUUUUACUACUAAAUUGGAAUUUUGUGGCAAGCUGUACUUCUACAAUGUAAUUUAUACAACUCACUGUAACUAUGUAUUAAGAUCAAUGCACAAAUACAGUAGUCAGCUAACUUGAGUUCGAUAA